AUGGCGCCCACCUACCCUCCAUCCGGCGCUGCCAUCGAGUACCCCUCACCUGCUGCUUCUCGUCGGGCUUCCGAGUGUUUCUCGGAAGUGAGCAUGAGCAGCAGCAGGAGGGGCAGCUUGGCUGGAUUUGCGUCGGACAUGGAGAGUACCGGGCAGUGGCACUCUGUAGGAAGCGAAUCUAAGAGCCCUCUAGCACAAUUUGGAUUCUUCAAGGGUCUGACCGACAAGAAGACAACAAGAGAGCGAAAGGAGCUAUACAUCAAGGCCCUCGAGCAGGAGGUGAUCCGUCUCAAGGAUACCUUUGCGGCUACUACGAGGGAACGGGACGCUUUCGCGGACGAGAACCGCCGACUGAGAGAGCUGCUCAUGGCACAUGGCAUCUCCUUCGACCACUCCAGCCCGGGGAGCAAUGGCAUGGGCCGCGUCGACAGCUCUGCCUACGGAAGCUCCACUGGCAGCAUGUCAGGCUACGGGCCAGGAUCAGCGUCGACUGGCUACACAUCGCCACCAACACGCGGAUCCAGCUCUCAUGAUGGAAUGAACGGUCAAGCCUUGACUCUUCAACAGCAACAAGCCCAGCAGUCUGGUCACCAUCAGCAGCAUUCGAUGGACUAUGACCAGAUCGGCAUUGACUUCGUCUUAACGCUCGAGCGACCCUGCAUGGACCACAUGCAGUUUUUAAUGGUCCGCGCCAACGAGGCCGACGAGAACAUCAGCGGCCAUGCGCUCAUGGCAACGGCACCUCCCGAUGCGCAUAUCACGAAUUGCCCCGAGGAGAAGUAUCCACAUCAGAUGCCGGACGUCAAGAUGCCGGAUUUGAUGAAACUACUCGAUCUCAGCAAUCGUCUGCCCCUUGAUGGGGAAAUCACGCCUAUCAUGGCCUGGGCGAAGAUCCUCCAAGACGAAUGCUUCAGGGAUCUCUCCAAAGAGGACAUUGAGCUCGUGAAGAAGGAGCUCCUUGCCAAAGUCCGCUGCUACGGCUUUGGCGCAGUCCUCGAGGAAUUCGAAGUCAGCGACGCCCUGAUGACAGUUCUUGCUAGCAAAUACUCCAAUGGUCCCACGCCAGCAUAA